GUUGUGGGCAAGUUGCGUUUUGAGGGAAGCGGCGGGAAGUUCGUACUGCGUUGUGGACCGCAAGUUGGCCGUUCUAGUGGGCUGUCAGUGCUGCAGUAAGGAGAGUGGUGACCUAAGACCACGCAGACACAGGACAGAACAGCAGCGGCAGUCUCCAUUCUAACUUCAGAUGGUGCACAGGAAACGUUCAUCACUGUGUGAAAAUGCCACGUGCAAAAGCAGCUCAGGCUGGACGACAGGGACCUACAAAGAGGCGCCUUGCAGAGCAGUUUGCUGCUGGGGAGAUCAUAACCGACAUGUCUAAAAAGGAAUGGAAGCUAGGGUUGCCUAUUGGCCAAGGUGGCUUUGGCUGCAUAUAUCUGGCGGACACAAAUUCUUCCAAACCGGUUGGCAGUGAUGCGCCCUGUGUUGUGAAAGUGGAACCCAGUGACAAUGGACCUCUUUUCACUGAAUUAAAGUUCUACCAGCGGGCUGCUAAACCAGAGCAAAUUCAGAAAUGGAUUCGUACACAUAAAUUGAAGUACCUUGGUGUUCCUAAGUAUUGGGGAUCUGGUCUACAUGAUAAAAAUGGAAAAAGUUACAGGUUUAUGAUAAUGGACCGCUUUGGGAGUGACCUUCAGAAAAUCUAUGAAGCAAAUGCCAAAAGGUUUUCUCGGAAAACUGUCUUGCAGCUAAGCUUAAGAAUUCUGGAUAUCCUGGAAUACAUCCAUGAGCAUGAAUACGUGCACGGGGACAUCAAGGCCUCCAACCUUCUUCUGAGCUACAAGAACCCUGACCAGGUGUAUUUGGUGGAUUAUGGGCUUGCCUAUCGAUACUGCCCAGAUGGAGUUCAUAAAGAGUACAAAGAAGAUCCCAAAAGGUGCCACGAUGGCACAUUGGAGUUCACCAGCAUCGAUGCGCACAAUGGUGUGGCCCCCUCACGGCGUGGCGAUUUGGAAAUACUUGGUUAUUGCAUGAUCCAGUGGCUCAGCGGCUGUCUUCCUUGGGAGGAUAACUUGAAAGAUCCUAACUACGUUAGAGAUUCCAAAAUUAGAUACAGAGACAAUGUCUCGGCUUUGAUGGAAAAAUGCUUUCCUGAGAAAAACAAGCCAGGUGAAAUUGCUAAGUACAUGGAAACUGUGAAAUUACUGGACUAUGCUGAAAAACCUCUCUAUCAAAAUUUACGUGACAUUCUUUUGCAAGGACUAAAAGCUAUAGGAAGUAAAGAUGAUGGCAAACUGGAUUUUAGUGCUGUGGAGAACGGAAGUGUGAAGACAAUACCAUCCUCAAAGAAGCGGAAGAAAGAAGCAGAGGAAAGCACGGCGUGUAGUGUGGAAGACAUGGAGUGGUCAGACUCACGGGUGGAAGAGGCUGUACAGACUCGAAGUGAGGAGUCCCAAGGAGCAAUGCAUGGAAGCAUGUCUCAGCCAGAGGCGAGCUGCAGCAGCUCUGACAGUUCAAGAACCAGAAAGAAAGCCCAGAAGUAAAUGAGGUUCCAGAAACCAACUUUUCUGCCUAGUCAUUUGAUUUUCUUCUCUCCUUUUCUAUUUUAUGUUUUAUUUUCAUUUGAAUCUUGUGGGUCAUAGUAAUAAUUGAAUGACAAUUUUUUUAAACAAACUUUAUUAAAAUGAAUAUUUUGUGUACUUUAUUGAAGGAUAAUUUAUGAGAUUCCCCAAAUUUUUAGUUGUUACAACCAUGUGGUUCUGGGGCUUGGGAGUGUGUGUGGCAUGGGGUUGUAUGUUGGCCGUAGCCACUGUGUGCUCCCCAGAGUGGACGGAGCACUCAGGAGGCUCCUUGCUUUUAAGGAAUGGAGAAUUUGAAAUAAAGGUCUCUUUUGUUUGAUGUAAGUAUACAAUUUGUUGUGACAAUAAAGUUUGGUCUACAUGAA